CUUCAGCAGCUCUUCAUCAAAGGUUGAGACUUAAAGCUCCAACAUGAUCUUGCUCCUCUUCCUGUUCAGUCUGGCUCUGGGUGCUCCUUCUGAGUCUCCUUCUGACGGCAGUGAAGUGAAGCUACAACAUGUUCAACUACUGCAUGGAAACUGUCCCCCGUUCUGGUACAGCUUCAAUGGCCGCUGCUACAAAUAUGUGGCCACACACAUGAGCUGGGCUGAUGCAGAGCUCUACUGUGUGUCACAGCGAGCCAACCUGGUGUCUAUCUACAGCAGGGAGGAAGAAGAGUUUGUUAAAUCAUUAAUUAAGAACUUUGACCAUGCUGAGCGAUGGACCUGGAUUGGACUGAGUGACAUCCAUAAAGAAGGCAGAUGGAUGUGGUCUGAUGGUUGCGCUGUGAGUUUUGUCUACUGGGAUACUAGCGAGCCAAACAACAGUGGAACAAAAGAGCACUGUGUUCACACUAACGUGCGUGAAGUAAAGAAAUGGAAUGAUCACCAGUGUUCUCUCAAUUUAGCUUCUGUUUGUGCAACACAAAUAACCUGCCCAUAG